GUGAGUGUUAUUGAGGGACAGAGCAGAGGAGACGAGAGGGAGCUAGUUCACUUCUCACCGUCUUUACCGUUGAACGGUUCACUCUCCCCCCGUGCUGCUUUACACAACUCCCGGUUUAUUAGUCGGUAAUUCUGUGGAUUCGUAUCGGUUAUGUCGGAGUUAUGGGACGCGGUGCGUUGCAGGGAAGAAAGGAGGCUUUAAAUCUCACCGUCCGCUGUGUUUCUGUGCGCCGCGCGCGGUGACGCGAUACUCCGGUUCUCAUCGUCACAUACCGAUCUGUUUCUCUGGAUUUUUCUCUACCGACUGGGAACUUCAACUCCAUUUUUGAGGGUAGUUUUGGGUUUGUUUUUUGGAGGAAAUGGAGGUUGUUAUGGAGAAAGAGUGCAGUGCCCUAGGAGGGCUCUUUCAGGCCAUCAUUAAUGACAUGAAGAGCAGUUACCCCGUCUGGGACGACUUCAUCAGUAAAGCGGGGAAACUGCAGUCUCAGCUGAGGACGACGGUGAUGGCCAUGGCCGCCUUCUUGGACGCCUUUCAGAAAGUAGCCGACUUGGCCACCGGGACACGAGGAGGCACCAGAGACAUCGGCUCGGCUCUGACCAGGAUGUGUAUGAGGCACAGGAGCAUCGAGGCCAAGCUGAAGCAGUUCUCCACGACGUUUAUCGACUGCCUCAUUAACCCUCUUCAGGAGCAGCUGGAGGAGUGGAAGAAAGGCGCAAACACACUGGACAAGGACCAUGCCAAAGAGUAUAAGAAAGCUCGGCAGGAGAUUAAGAAGAAAUCCUCAGACACGCUGAAACUGCAGAAGAAAGCUAAGAAAGGGAGAGGAGACAUCCAGCCCCAGCUGCACAGCGCCGUCCAGGAUGUGACGGACAAAUACCUGCUGCUGGAGGAGACGGAGAAGCAGGCGGUGAGGAAGGCGCUGAUCGAGGAGCGAGCUCGCUUCUGCAUCUUCGUGUCCAUGCUGCGGCCCGUCGUGGAUGAGGAGGUGGCCAUGCUGGGUGAGAUCGUCCAUCUUCAGACCAUCGCAGAGGACCUCAAAGUUUUGACUGUGGACCCCCACAAACUCCCCCCCGCCAGCGAACAGAUCAUCCACGACUUAAAGGGUUCGGAUUACAGCUGGUCCUACCAAACGCCUCCAUCGUCUCCGAGCACCACCAUGUCCAGGAAGUCCAGCAUGUGCAGCAGUCUGAACAGUGUGAACAGCAGCGACUCGCGCUCCAGUGGCUCACUGUCUCAUUCGUCCUCCCCGCUCUAUCGCUACCGCAGCAUCACCGUGCCGCAGCAGGUCCCCGCCCGCCUCGCCAGCGUGUCCUCACAUGACUCGGGCUUCGCCUCGCACGACGCUUUCCAGUCCAAGUCGCCUUCACCCAUGCCCUCCGACCCCACCUCUCAGCUUCCUUCCGGCUCCGCUUCGUCGGACUCCUCUGAAUCGGCUCAGUCGUUCAGCGAGUGCAGCUCUCCCACUGAAAAGUUGUCAAACGGCUACGAUCACUACGGCCCUGCAGAGGCCUCGUACCCGCCCGGAGUGGCCUUCCCCUUCCCUCCAAAUCCCUCCUCCUCUUCCUCUUCCUCUUCCUCCACUCCGAGGUCGUGGUCGAGGCCGGGCUCAGCGCUGAUGCCCGAUUACCCCCAUUACUCCACGCUGACCCCCGGCAUGCUCCCCCCAUCCUCCAAGAUCCCCAGCUGGAAGGACUGGGCUAAACCGGGCCCGUACGAUCAGCCCAUGGUGAACACACUGAGGAGGAGGAAGGAGCCGAAGGAGGCGGUGGACUCGAACGGCGCGUACCAGCCGACGUUAAACUCCACACAACCUGAGGACCUUCAUCAGAAAACCAGGAACAUCGCUAACUCGCCAAACGAGGUGGAGGUUCAGCAGGAUUUGGCUCUGGCGCUCUCUCGUGGUCUGCAGUUGGAAGCUCAGUGCUCCAGCAGAGACUCGCUCCAGUGUUCCAGUGGAUACAGCACUCAGAGUACCACACCCUGCUGCUCCGAGGACACCAUCCCCUCUCAGGUGUCCGAUUACGAUUAUUUCUCCGAGCAGCAGGACUUUGAUAAAUCCUCCACCGUCCCGCGUAACAGCGACCUCGGCCAGAGUUACCGCAAACUGUUCCAGGCCAAACGUCCCGCCUCCACCGCCGGCAUCCCUUCUGUCCCGGGCGUGGCCACCAUCCGCCGCACCCCCUCCACCAAACCCUCGGUGCGCAGGGGCACCGGCCCCUUCGCGAUCCAAACCCCGGUCAUCCCCGUCAUGACCCCUACCGUGCCUGACUUCACGGGGGUGGAGCCUAACGAGGAGGCGGAACCCGGCGACGACGCCGAGCCGGAACCCGUCCUGCCGGUGCAGUCAUGGAGCGGUCAGGCGUCCAUUAACCCACCGCUGCACGCCACCUACGAAGAGCACGAGGAUGCCGUGGAGGAGGGAGACACCAUGCUGCAGUCCAUCCGGAGAGGAGUCCGACUGAAGAAGACCUCCACCAACGAUCGCUCGGCACCUCGCAUCCCAUAAUACUCCAGCAAUCAGAUUUAUUAUGAACAUUUACUAUGGUAACAGGGGGGGUUAGUGCGCUACUUUACGAUAAGACUCAGCUAACAUGGAAGAGACCGUCUCUCCUGUCGUUAAUUUAUUUUACUCUUGUAACAUUCUCUUCUGCCGUAUUUUCCGGACUAUACGCUGCCGAAAUUCUGUAUUCUUAUUAAAUAUUAAAUAAGUCGCAUUCACGUAGCAGCUCUUUCUAUUUAAAUCGUUCGCUUCAGCGCCCCCUACAGGUGCAGUGCAGUUCAGUGUUUGUCCUGUGUCAUUCGCGUUAUUAUUAUACGGACCUUUUGUUUGUUGUUAACAGUAGCGCUAAUUGCGUAACGCUAGCUGUGUGAUGAGACCGUUACGAUUGAUGUCAUCGUUUCUGCCCGUUGCAAAUAAUCACUAAUUAGAUGAAGAGAUAAACGAUUAGUUUACGUUUUUUAGUUUCUUCCUGGUGUCGUUUUCAUUUAACAAAAACACGCAGCUACACAGCGGAGUUAAUGCGUACAAUAUAAAUCAAAUGUAUAAAAUAUAAAUAUUUCCUUUCGUCACACAUCAUGACUUAGCUAACUGGCUAACAUUAAGCUAAUUACUGUGUACAAGCUGUGAAGUUAAAAAAGUCAAACGGCUUUUUACACUUUUACAAAUCGCGAAAUAAAUGUUACUGACGUACGAACGCAAGCGAUUAGCCUACGCUUGGAAGUGACUCUUAAGUCAAACCUGGCUUCUGAUUGGAACACAGGGAUUGUGCACGUGUACGAAAUUUGAUGUUUUCUUACUCGAUUCUUGAUUAAAAAAAGACGUGACAUUGAAAUAACACCGCUAAGCUAGCAGCACUAGCAUGCUAACAGCUAACCUGUGUUCAUAAGGACCACGAUUACUGGAGUAGCGGGUCUACCGCGAGUACGCUAACAGACGUGCAUGUUUUAGCUGGUUAAUUUAACGCAGAAAUAUAAAUCAGAGCAACAAAAUGUGUCUUAUAGUCCAGAAAAUACGUUAUAUUCCUCUUUUUUUUCUUCUUCUUUCUUUCUUUCUUGUAUUUCUGCGCAUCGCUUUAGAGGACAUGAACUGAUGUCCGGUUUAAUUCUUCAAAACGAUACUCUGUGGUUGGAGUAAGUAUUCGUAACGAUGAAACCGAAAAAGUUUAGUGAAGUGUUAUAAAGCCUGUUUUAUUUUUACAUUUUUCUUUAUUUUUUGAAAAUUUACGUAAAACACUAAUUGUGAACGUUAACCGUAUAAUAAUCUACAAUAUUAACUAUGGUUUUUUUGUCUUUUUUAUUAUUAUUAUGCUAUAAAUAAUCCAAACUGACCGCUAACGUUAACAAAAUAUAUAUAUAUAUAUAUAUAUUACACGUUUGUAUAAAAUGUUUCUAAAAAAAAAGAAGUGUAAAUAGCGACGGGUCCGAACAGCAACUUUUAAUUUAUUCAUCCGCUCGGUAAAGUAGAUCCCGUCCUUUUCCCUGUGAAAUAUUGUAUAUUAUGUUAAUACACUACGAGGUAAUUCAUGUAGAAAAAACAUACACACACACACACACACACACGUCCUAGUCCAGGUUCAUUUCACAUGCUUAUGUUCUUUUUUUGUUUUGUUUUGUUUUGGUGUAAAAAAUCAAACCCUAUCUCUAUAAACUGGUGUGAAAAGUGAAGUUUUCUCUUCGUCACUUUUGUUAUUUAAAUGUCGGUGCUGUUUUUUUGUUGUUGUUUUGUUUCUCCUGCUUAUUUCUUUUUAAUCAUUAUAAUUUGUGUAAUAUUUCUGUGUGUCAGCGUUAUUUCAGCUCCACUGGAUUAAAUAAAUCUCUUCACUAUUCAGCACCACACUGAGAAACAGAACGUUCUGCUUGUGUUUGUUUCAGUUGAACUGUAUGAGAUGUCGGUUUGCUAACUGGCUAGCGUGCUAGGUAGCUAGCCGUCUUGCUAACCGGCUACCAGGAUGAAGUUCCUGACGUGUUAUCGGUUGUUGACAGAAAAACUCGUUUGAAAACAGAAAUUAAAAUGUUGUUAUAUUUUUGUGACAUUAAAUAUUUUAUUCCUCCA